ACGGCUUGAUCUGACUGGACGCUCCACUUCUGGUCACGAGCUGUGGGAAUUCUCCCACGCGCCGCGGCUCUCAGGAUGAUUCUCUGGCACCUGCACCCUAGGGAGCCGGAGCCCGUGGCCUUCCGUUGAUUUACCGCCUAAACUCACCUCUCCGUGUGGAGUAACUUUUUAAAACCUUUACGGCAGACGACCGUCAACUUUCUGGGGCAAUGAAUUCAAAGAGAGCUGAAUCACAGGAAAAUAUAGAAGCCGAAUCAGACCAACUACCCCCAAAUACAGACAUGAAGCCUCCGGUGGAUUUGAUUGACACUGGGCGGAGCCUAAAGCUGCGGUCGGCCACGCCCCAUCUGGUGAGCCUCGGGAGCGGCCGCCUCAGUGUAGCCAUCACCAUCAUCCCGCUCAGUAAAGAGGUGACGCGUAUCGGGCGGGACGAUGCAACCGUGUCUCAGGACAUCACCAUCCAGGGCGCCGGAGUACGAGCGGAACACUGCGUCAUCACCAACAGGUCAGGGGUCGUGAUCCUUGACCCCUGCGGUAACCUCUGCUGCCUUGAUGGAGUCCCUGUUACCCGGCCAACCCAGUUGAGACAGGGGUACACUCUGUGUCUGGGUAAAUCUCAAUACUUCCGUUUCAACCACCCGGAGGAGGCCAGCCUGAUGAAGAGCAUGCAGCCCCACAAGAGUGCAGCGGCCCUGGGGUACAGCUCAGACUCGGUGAAGCUGGACCACUCUAACGGCGGUGUGUCGGGGGGCGUGUCCGGUGGGCGUGGCCUUGGCGGCGGGGGCCGGUCGAAGGCGGAGCUUCAGGAGCUGCUGGAGGGUCUGCAGCGCCGCAAGUCCGCCCUGGAGGCGUCGCUACGCGCCUCGCUGUCCCCGCCCCCCUCCCCGCUCUCCUCCAAUCACCACGAGCGCCCGCCCCUCUCCAUACGCGUCCCCGCCUACGGCCCGGUCGCCGGCGGCAACAGCCUCAGCAUGCCCCCCUCCCCGCUGGGCCACGGGCACACACACGGGCACACACACACACACACACACACACACGCGCGGGCGCGGCACCAGUCUCAGGACAGCCUGCUGGCGGCGGGGGAGGGGCGGGGGGGGCGGGGGCAGGCGGGGGGGUCACUGCUGUCCAUGUGGACGCCCAGCGCGGGCUCGGCCUGCUACGGAGGGGGCGGGGCGGACGUGGCGUUGCCGUUGCCGCGGCGAGGAGGGCCCAGCGGUGCGUGCAGCAUGCCCUCGUCCCCUCGUCUGGGCCGCCGCCUCCUCUCCUCCUCCUCGUCAUCGUCACGCGACCCCGACGCCGUCUCCGUGGGCGACCCCUCGCCCUCGCCGCGCCACAGGAAGUACUCCACGGGGUCGCUCAACGGCCUGGGCAUCAGCAUCAGCGGCGCCCACUCGCGCUCGCUCCCGCGGCUCUACCGGCUGGACCCGGCGAUGCCCCCCCCCGCCCUCUCGCUGCCCCCCCCCCCGCGCCGCUCUGCCCACCCCCCCCGCACCCCCCGCCGCAGCAUGCCCUCGCUGGAGCGCCCCCCCGACGUCACCGUGAGCGCCAGUGUGGCCAGCAGCAGCCCUCGCCGCGCCAGCCUGUCCUCCAGCCUGGACCUGGGCAUCGGGGAGCGCCGCGCAUCCUUUGGGAAGGGGGGGGGCCUGGGGGUCGGAGGUCACGGCAUGGGUCAGCGCAGAGGGUCCAUCAGCUCACUGAGCAGCAAGGACGAGCUGAGAGACUACCACCAGAGACAGAGGGACGAGAGGCUACGAGAACAAGAGGUGGAGAGACUGGAGCGCCAGCGUCUGGAGACCAUCCUCACUCUGUGCUCUGAGCUGGGCGGAGCUGCGGAACACAAGGCUCCUCACGUCUCCGUGGCGACGGACCUGGAGAAGAUCAAUCGCCAGCUGGAGAAGCUGCAGGCGUCAGAGAACAUGCAGCUGAAACAGGAAGUGACACGUAUUGAGGAGGAGCGCAUCCAGGUGCUGAACAACAUCGAGGAGCUGGAGCAGAAGGUCAAGGACCUGGACAACCAGAUGGAGGAGUCCAUCCGAGAGAUGGAGGUGGAGAAGGCUCUGCUGGAGGGCGAGCAGGACUCGGAGAUGACCCAGCUGCAGCGGGAGCGAGAGCUGCUGGACAAACUCAACGACAAGAUGGCCGCCGUGGAGAAGGGCACCGCCGGCGACAAAGCUCAGGGUAGAGCGCAGCUGGAGUCUGAGAGAGGCCGUGUGGAGCGGUUGUCUGAGCUGCUCUCAGAUCAGCGUGCUCAGCUGGACUCCUGCCCCGAGGCACUCAGGGAGCAGCUGCAGCUGCAGAUACACCGGGACUCUGAGGUGCUGGACGUGGAGGUCAAGCGCUUUGAGGAUCUGGAGUUCCAGCAGCUGGAGCGGGAGAGUGGGCAGGACGAGGAGAGGGACACUAGGACCCAGCAGCUGCUCAGGGAGACCGCCGAGUACCAGCGCAGCACCGUCACGCGCAAGGAGAGGCUGCUGACGCUGAAGAAGCAGUGGGCUCAGAUCAACCAGCAGGCCCAGAAGGAGAAGGACACCUUCAUGAAGGAGAAGAACAACCUGCUGCUCAUGCUGCAGAGGGAGCGUGAGAAUCUAGCAGCUCUGGAGAGGAAGUACUCGGAGCUGACCGGAGGGCGGGCCUUCCCUCUCAACCCAGUUUCCAUGAAGGAGCAUUUCCGCUCCCUGGAGGAGAGGAGGCGGAGCGGUAAGGAGGGGGGCGGUUCCCUCCUGAGUGACACACCCCCAAGGAGGAGAGGCCACGCCCCUUACACUAGCUCCACUUUGGGACGCAGCCUCUCACCAAAGUCUCAUGUCCCUCUCUCCCAGAGCUCCAGUGUGGGGAGUGUUCUACAGCGAGGCCUCUCCCUCUCCCCUCGAGAGCUGGACACACGCCGCCUGCUCAAAGCGGGUCACGUGGGUCAGCUGUAUAUAAGCGAGGACCGCCAGCGGAUCAGUGACCUGUGCAGCCGCGCGGUGUCUGAGUCCAACGUGUUCCUGGACGGGUUCCAGUACCUGGACGGCAGUGGGCCGGCCUACGACAGCCUGAGCCUGGGCAGCUCCGACAGCCUGGACACCAGCAUCUCCGCCUGCUCCCCCGACAACAUAUCCAGUGCCAGUACCGCUAACAUGGCUAAGAUGGAGGAGAUGGAGCGUUUGCUUCGAGAGGCCCAAGCUGAGAAAAACAGACUUCUGGAGCACAGGGAGAGAGAGAUGGAGCUGCGUAAACAGGCUCUGGAGGAAGAGAGGAGGAGAAGAGAGGAUCUGGAGAAACGACUGCAGGAGGAAACCAACAGACGACAGAAACUCAUAGAGCGAGAGGUGAAACUACGGGAGAAACAACGAUCCCAGUCUCGGCCGCUGACGCGCUACCUGCCGGUGCGUAAGGACGACUUUGACCUGCGCGGGCACGUGGAGGCGGCCGGUCACCACCCCGACACCUGCUACCACCUGGCCGUCACCGACCACACCUGCCGAGGCUUCCUGGUCAAGAUGGGCGGCAAGAUCAAGACCUGGAAGAAGCGCUGGUUCGUCUUCGACCGCAACCGCCGCACCCUGGCCUACUACGCCGAUAAGCAUGAGACCAAAAUGAAGGGGGUGAUCUACUUCCAGGCCAUAGAGGAGGUCUACUACGAUCACCUGAAGAAUGCACACAAGAGCCCCAACCCGUCUCUGACGUUCAGUGUGAAGACUCAGGACCGCGUGUACUACAUGGUGGCUCCCACCGCUGAGGCCAUGCGCAUCUGGAUGGACGUCAUCGUCACGGGCGCCGAGGGACACACACACUUCCUGGUGUGACCUCACACACACACACACCCCACAGCCAGCACAUGACCAAACAGAGGACCAAUGCCUGACCAAAACACUAGUUCUGUCUGUGUGUGUGUGUGUGUUUGACCAAAAGAGUAUUUCUGUCUCUGUGUGUGUGUGUGUGUGUGUGUGUGUGUGUGUGUGUGUGUGUGUGUGUGUUUGACCAAAAGAGUAUUCCUGUCCGUGUGUGUGUGUGUGUGUGUGUGUGUGUGUGUUUAUGUGUGUGUUUGACCAAAAGAGUAUUCCUGUGUGUGUGUGUGUGUGUGUGUGUGUGUGUGGGUGUGUGUGUAUGUCAGUGUGGUGUAGUUAGCAUGGCAGUGUGUUUUAUCUGAAUAUAUCCACAGAUAAAGUCAGGUGCUAACCAGCUAGCUUCUCAAAUGAAUGCAAGUGAAUGCCAUACAGUCAGCCAGACCUCCAAAGGGCUCCUGUAGGGUUGGGUUGUGCUCCAGGUGUCCUCCUGUCCACAGGGGAGCGCUGUGGUGCCACUGCUGUUGGCCCAUACUGCAUACAGGCUCUGUGAAGUGCCUUGAGACAUUGCUGAACACAAUACUGAAAUGAAUUGGUAUGGAUAUUGUAUUGCAUCUUCGGAUUGUUUGGAUACAUGGAAGUGGUAUCAUCUGCAUGUUCACACUGCAGGAAUAUUGUACAAAUUUGCCUUUAUGUACAUGUAAGAUGCCUUAUGUACGAAUCUGGCUUUAUAUGUGUAAGAUAUAAGAUGCCUUAUGUACGAAUCUGGCUUCAUGUGUGUAAGAUAUAAGAUGCCUUAUGUACGAAUCUGGCUUCAUGUGUGUAAGAUGUAAGAUGCCUCAUGUGUAUGAGGUACUUAUUUGCCCUCUGACGUGACGUGACGAGUUCAGACUUGUGUGGUCAGUUCACUCUCCUUUGUGCCUUCUGGACAGAGUGAAUAUUUACACAGCACAACAAGCUAUUAUCUUAUCCGUGUGUGUGUGUGUGUGUGUGUGUGUGUGUGUGGGUGGGUGGGUGGGUGGGUGGGUGUGUGUCUGUGCUUGUGUGGUUGUACAUGUUCUUAUAGCAUCUGUGUAUUUGCCUUAUCAACGUUCAGGAAGUUGGCCAUAUAAGGUCAUGACCUACAGACCAAGGUUACUGCCCCCACCAUAUAGAAAUGCCUGCGUUGCCGGGGACGGUUGCCGUGUAAAGAACACUCCCUGUGCCUUAGCUGUUGUACGGCUGAAAUGUGGUCAAAUAUUUUGUCCAAAUGUUCCAGUCUCUAGCCUUUGUUCUUUACAUGAUGUUUAUUCUUCAGACGAGUGUCUGACGCAGAGAUGCUUCCCAGAUGUGUGGCCUUGUUAUGUCACUGAAGAAGGCUGUGAUGCCAGGGCUGGCCACCAGAGGGAGUAAUGGUACAGUACAUCUGCUCUGAUUUGCACACAAUGCAGCCCUGUCAGAGCGGUGAGGCGGGGGAGCCGGAGCGACCGAGCUCUCAAGCACACGCGGGGUUAACCAGAGUCACAUGUCAUAGUUUCAUAUCUUUCUAACCAUUUAUGAACUUCUUAUACAUUCUAAAAGUCUAAAUGUGUCUGAAUAUUCUCAGGACAGAGCGCACUCAACCUAAAACUAAAUCUUCAUAUGAUCUUGGUGCAAUAAUAGACAAGAAUGUCACGCUUUUGUGUCAGAUCUUCCAAAGCACAUCAUCAAAUGCGCUUGAAUGUCAUUUAUCUCCGAUGAUGAAUAUCACGGCAUCACACCGUGUCACAGUUGAAUAGAACUCCCAUGUGAUGACAUCAUAAACGUAUGACGCUAUUUCCGUCACCGAUAAGGCGUUGCCGUGACAUCACCCAUUGUGAUCACUACAGGUGACGCACUCUAAGCUACUGCUGAGAGGUACUGGACUCAAAUGACCUCGAGUGACCCCACGCAUGCCUCCUCACCCGCGGGGGCCCAACCGACACACCACACACACCACACACACACCACACACCACACACACCACACACACACACCACACACACCACACACACCACACACACCACACACACACACCACACACACCACACACACCACACACACACACCACACACACCACACACACCACACACACCACGCACACACCAUACACACCACACACACCACACACACCACACACACCACACACACACACCACACACACCACACACACCACACACACACACCACACACCACACACACACACACCACACACACCACACACACACACCACACACACACCACACACCACACACACCACACACCACACACACCACACACACACACACACCACACACACACCACACACACACCACACACACCACACACACACCACACACCACACACACCACACACACCACACCACACACACCACACACACACACACACCACACACACACACACACCAUACACACCACACACACCACACACACCACACACACCAUACACACCACACACACCACACACACCAAAUCAUCUGCACAAUGUGUUUGUCCUAGUUUUACCAAAAUAUCCAAAAGUAUAUUGCACAUAAGCAUGCCUACAUAAUUCUUAGUUGAUUUUAGCUUGUUGAUUUUAUACCGUAUCAGUGUGUAUCCAUGCGUAGGCAUUCUGUGUGUGUGUGUGUGUGUGUGUGUGUGUGUGUGUUAGGUCAUGAGGUGUGACAGGUCUGCUGCAGCUUUUCACGCUGGCUGUUUAAGCCUCACAAUCAGGUGCUGAUCGCUCAGGAUGUCCUCUCUCUCUCCCUCUCUCUCCCUCUCUCUCUCAGUCCCCCUCUCUCUCUCUCAGUCCCUCUCUCCCUCUCUCUCUCCCUCGCUCUCUCCCUCGCUCUCCCUCUCUCUCUCUCCCUCACUCUCUCCCUCGCUCUCCCUCUCUCUCUCUUUCUCUCUCUCUUUCUCCCUGUCCCUGUCCCUCUCUCUUUCCGUUUCCCUCUCUCUCAGUCCCCCCCUCUCUCUCUCUCUCAGUCCCUCUCUCCCUCUCUCUCUCAGUCCCUCUCUCCCUCUCUCUCUCUCUCUGUCUCUCUCUCCCCCCCUCUCCCUCUCUCUCAGUCUCUCUCCCUCUCUCUCUCUCUCUUUCUUGCCUGUCCUUCUGUCCGUCUGUCCCUUUCUCUCACUUCCUGUGUCUCUGGCGCCCCCUGUCUCUGUGUGGUGUCUCUGCGUUCUCCUGCAGCAUCCUGCCGUUCUGACCCAUUUACACUAUUCCAGUGGCAUAUUGAUAUAUUUUAUAUGAGUAUGUUUCAUAUAUAUGUGUGUGGAUGUUUCAUUGUUAUUUUUAUAUACUCAUUAAUUGUGUUAUUUUUAUAUACUCAUUUGAAGUGUCUAUUUCUUGCAGUUAAUGUAAUUUUGUAUCUUGCAUGUUAUCAACAUAUUAAAAAACACAUGAUAAUUAA